GUGACGGUCAGAGAAAGUGAAAAAGAAAUGAUGAUGAGAGUGAGAAGAACGUAAACAAAUAAUGAAAUUGAAUUAUGCGCGGGAAUGAUAAAUAAAUACAUUGGUGAGAAAAAUAUGUUAGCAGCUUUCCAGCAAGUAUUGGCACCAUUUUGAUAAUAUUGUGAAGACGAACGGUAGUGGCUGUAAGGUAGAAAGUUUAAUCGAAAAUCUAAAGUGAUAACGGGCAUUGCAACUAUUCAGAUAAUUUGACUGAUAGUCUGAAAUUGAUCUGUGAGCGCUAUUGCGAGUUGAAUGCCGUUGGAUCACUAGAAAGAAAAUAGUUGAUUGCCACCGAGACUACCAUUUAGUGCCCCAAGUGCCGACUGUUGACAGAAGUCAUUCAUCUCAGAGCUACCGACCGGCCUAAAAGAGAGGAAGAAAGCCAUCAGGAAAUUCAUCUAGAGUGAAGGAGAAACUUUUAAUCUUUGAGUAAAUUUUAUAUUGAACUACAAGGAUUCGUUUUUGCCUGAGCCUGAGAAUUCCGAGAGCAACAUUCUCAAAGAUUAAAAAUAUAAAUAUUUCCUACGAUGGCGGAGAACUACAAAUACAGCUGCUGUGAGGAGGAUUCUGAUUUUGAUGCAAGCGUGCGGUGCAAUCGAUGUGGAGAAUGGUAUCAUUUUUCUUGUGUGAAUGUGCAAGAUAGUGUGUCAGAAACUAUUUGGUAUUGCGUUAAAUGUAUACGGGCUGAGCCUUCGAUUUUAGAAUCGUUUGCAUCCGCGGGGAAAACAAGAACUCGACGAGGUCCGCCGCGUGCAUGCAAAGAGAAAAACAACAGAAUGGGUAGAUCAAAAGUUCCUCCAAAGGAGUUGCAAGUAGGUCAGGUGCAAGUAGCUCAGGUGCAAGUAGCUCAGGUGCAAGUAGCUCCAGAUGGUCAGGUUAGGCAAGAAAAACAGUCAAAUGCUAAUAAUGGAACCACAAAUAAAGAAACGGGUGCGAUUAGGAAGUCACUGUCACCUUUCCCUAACUCUAAUGUUCCCGUAAAUGUUUCGCGCUGUGAUGAUAAAAAAAGUGUUUGCAGUACAAGAAGUGGAGAAAGCAGAUCGUCGAAAGCUUCGGUACGUGAAAAGGCAAAACGUGAACUACAGCGGUUACAGGAAGAAAGUAUGCAACGGAUGCGAGAAGAAGACAUCGAGCGAAAGUUGUUGGAGCAUGAACUAAAAAAGGUCAGGCUGGAAAAGGAGUUCAUGGAACGUAGGCACGCACAAGAAAGACUGGCGGAAGAGGAAACGGAUCCUGAAAGCGGAUGUGAAGAUGGUGAGCAGUACAACUUUCAAAAAAAGGUUGAAGACUGGCAGAAAGGUUCUGAAGCUGGACCAAAUGAAGUUAAUCAACGAAAACAGUCAACGCUUAAAGGAGAAAGUCAGCAAAAAGCCCAACCUGAGCCCGAAAUCGCUUCUGGUGGAAAUGCUACGCCUGAAAUAAGCAGUGUAGCUUCGCAUUCCGUAAGAGAAACGAUCGAAAAUACUUCAAAACCCAGAGCCGGUCCAACUCAACUGCAGAUAGCGGCAAGACAAGUAUUUUCUAAAACUUUGCCAAAGUUUUCUGGACGACCCGAAGAAUGGCCCAUGUUUAUCAGUGAAUACGAACAAGCGAAUAUAUCCUGUGGUUUCAGCGAUUCUGAGAAUUUGAUGCGUUUACGUGAGGCGUUGACUGGAAAGGCGUUUGAAGCGGUACGAAAUCUUCUGCUUGUUCCAGAAAACGUUCAAAGUAUCAUUCAAAAACUACGCAGACGAUUUGGAAAUCCCGAGAUUCUUUCUACGAUGUUGGCAAAUCGUAUACAGUUGCUUGCGGGACCCAGCUCGUAG